AUGCCUAGCAAUCGCAACUACGACUUUCUGAUCAAGCUCCUUCUGAUUGGUGAUUCCGGUGUUGGAAAGUCAUGCUGUCUGUUGCGAUUCAGUGAAGACUCCUUCACUCCAUCCUUCAUCACCACUAUCGGCAUCGACUUCAAGAUCAGGACGAUUGAGCUGGAUGGCAAGCGAGUCAAGCUGCAGAUCUGGGAUACCGCCGGCCAGGAGCGAUUCCGCACCAUCACCACCGCCUACUACCGCGGUGCCAUGGGCAUUCUGCUGGUAUACGAUGUCACCGACGAGCGAUCAUUCCAGAACAUUCGUACCUGGUUCCAGAACGUGGAGCAGCACGCCACCGAAGGCGUCAACAAGAUCCUGAUCGGCAACAAGUGCGACUGGGAGGAUAAGCGCGUUGUAUCCACGGAACAGGGCCAGGCACUGGCUGACGAGCUCGGCAUUCCUUUCCUCGAAGUCUCCGCCAAGAGCAACAUCAACAUUGACCAGGCCUUUUACAGCCUGGCUGCCGACAUCAAGAAGCGUCUCAUCGACAACCAGAAGACUGACGUUGGUACCUCAUCAGGUGUCAACGUUGGCGAGAAGAGCGAGGCUGCCGGUGGCAAGUGCUGCUAA